AUGCUUAAAGCGUUGUCUUACAAUUCGUACGACAGUGAGUACAGUGAGGUCUAUGACUACAGUGAAGGAGAAGAAGCCACUGAAACUGUCCCAACCGAAGGAGCCAAACCUGCACCUGAGGCUGUGGACGUAGCUCCACCCGCUGAGAAUCCCACAGACUCAACCGUUCCAAUCCUGAACUACGACGAGGAAAUAGUCGACGAUUACGUCACCGGCGUGGAGCAGGUCGACGCCGACCCUACGGCUGCAGCAGAAAUCGGCUCUGAUACCAAAGGUCCCGACCCCGGUGCAGAAUCGUACGAUUUUAAGGAGUACGAUAUGAAGGAAUACGGUGAUAUUAAAGAGAUUGAUACGAAACAGACGUACGAGUACGGUGACUAUGGCGACUACGGCACCGGCGAGACCAAACCUACCUCCUUCCCAGCCUACGAGGAUGAGUUUGGGCCGGGCGUACCUGCUGAGACCGACACAGAUAGUAGUAUUGGAGGAGGUAGAUAUGGCGGAGAGAAAGGAGAGAAGGGAGAACCCGCCAUCAUUGAACCCGGGAUGCUGAUUGAAGGACCCCAAGGAGGCCCCGGCCAAGCUGGCUUGCCCGGCGCCCCAGGCUCCCAGGGUGCCCCUGGCCCACACGGAGACCACGGUGACAGGGGUCCUCCAGGGCGUGCUGGUCUUCCUGGUUCAGACGGAGUUCCUGGUCCUCCAGGUACCCUUCUAAUGCUGCCAUUCCGUGCUGGUGGAGAUGCACAUAAGGGACCAGUGGUCUCAGCUCAGGAGGCCCAAGCCCAGGCCAUCCUGUCCCAAGCCAGGCUCUCCAUGAGGGGUCCUCCUGGGCCAAUGGGAAUGUCAGGAAGAUCUGGGCCUUUGGGUGGACCUGGACCUAAUGGACUGAAGGGAGACGGAGGAGACAACGGUCCUCAGGGUCCCAGAGGUCUUCAGGGUCCAACUGGCUCACCUGGAAAAGCAGGAAAGAGGGGUCGUAACGGAGCUGACGGUGCCAGGGGUAUGCCAGGAGAGUCGGGCGGCAAGGGGGACCGAGGUUUCGACGGGCUCCCAGGUCUCCCGGGAGAGAAGGGACACAGGGGUGAGCUGGGGUCCACCGGCUCUCCAGGUGCUCCAGGAGAGGAUGGCCAGAGAGGCGAGGACGGUGAGAUCGGACAGAGGGGUCUAGCUGGAGAGAGUGGUCCUAGAGGGUUGCUUGGUCCUAGAGGAUCCCCUGGGACUGGUGGACAGCGUGGUCUUGCUGGGCUGGACGGCCAAGCUGGUCCCAAAGGAAACCAGGGCAUACAAGGAGAGUCAGGGCCUGCCGGUCAACAGGGCAUCCCUGGACCACAAGUAAGUAACAACAGCAGACCGUUAGUGGUGCAUGGACCGUCAGGUCGUCAGGGAUUGGCAGGUCUUGGUGGUGCCGAUGGUCCUCCCGGUCACCCAGGGAAGGAGGGUCCUCCAGGACUUAAAGGAGGUGUCGGUCACCCUGGUCCUCAGGGUUCUAUUGGCUACCCUGGCUCACGAGGUGUCAAGGGUGCCGAGGGUGUCAGAGGUCUGAAAGGUGGUGGCGGAGAAAAGGGAGAGGACGGGUUUCCAGGUUUCAAGGGUGACAUGGGCAUCAAGGGAGACAAGGGAGAGCUCGGUGUCCUAGGAGCCAGAGGUGAAGACGGACCUGAGGGACCUAAAGGUCGAUCCGGCCCCAACGGAGAGGCAGGUCCCAUCGGGUCGGCUGGAGAGAAGGGUAAACUUGGUGUCCCCGGGUUACCCGGCUACCCAGGAAGACAAGGACCUAAGGGUUCCAGUGGCUUCCCUGGAUUCCCAGGCUCCAACGGAGAGAAAGGAGGAAGGGGUAUCGCUGGUAAAUCCGGACCCAGGGGACAACGUGGCCCAACGGGUCCCCGUGGUGGAAGAGGUGCCAGGGGACCAACUGGAAAGCCAGGUGCUAAGGGAACAUCAGGUAAUGACGGGCCUCCAGGUGGACCAGGAGAGAGAGGACCUCAAGGACCCCAGGGGCCAGCUGGCUUCCCAGGACCUAAGGGCCCUAACGGGCCCCCUGGUAAAGACGGACUGCCUGGUCACCCUGGACAGAGAGGAGAGACAGGUUUCCAGGGAAAGACUGGCCCACCUGGGCCUGGAGGUGUUGUAGGACCUCAGGGACCAACGGGAGAGACCGGCGGCAUCGGAGAGAGAGGACACCCUGGUUCCCCUGGACCCCCCGGAGAGCAAGGUUUACCUGGAUCUGCUGGGAAAGAAGGAGGAAAGGGUGACCCAGGUCCUAUGGGAACGUCUGGAAAGGUUGGCCCAGCCGGGCUCAGGGGCUUCCCAGGGCAGAGAGGUCUUCCCGGGGCUAACGGUCCAGCUGGUUUGAAGGGAGGCGAAGGACCACAGGGUGCCCAAGGCCCCAUCGGUUCUCCAGGAGAGAGAGGUGCUGCCGGUCCCGGAGGUGCCAUCGGUCUUUCAGGACGCUCCGGACCUCAGGGAGGUCCUGGACCAGCCGGAGAGAAGGGAGGCCCGGGAGAGAAAGGCCCCAUGGGACCAGCUGGUCGUGACGGUAUCCAAGGUCCUGUUGGUCUUCCUGGCCCUGCAGGCCCCCAAGGCCCCCCUGGAGAGGAUGGAGACAAGGGAGAGGUUGGUGAGCCUGGCCAGAAGGGAAGCAAAGCAGACAAGGGAGAACAGGGUCCUCCUGGGCCAUCUGGUCUUCAAGGUGUCAUCGGAGCUCCUGGUCCUGCCGGUACUGAUGGUGAGUCAGGACCCAGGGGUCAGCAGGGUAUGUUUGGCCAGAAGGGAGACGAAGGAUCCAGAGGAUUCCCUGGGCUACCUGGGCCCAUCGGACUGCAGGGACUGCCUGGUACAUCAGGAGAGAAGGGAGAGAACGGGGACGUCGGCCCGAUGGGUCCACCUGGUCCUCCAGGUCCCAGAGGUCCCCAGGGUUCUAGUGGAGCUGACGGUGCCCAAGGCCCUCCUGGUGGAGUGGGUUCUAUGGGAGGUAAUGGAGAAAAGGGAGAGAGCGGUGAAGCUGGCAACCCCGGACCAUCUGGAGAGCCCGGUGGUGGAGGCCCCAGAGGAGAGACAGGGGAGAAGGGAGAGUCAGGACCACCUGGAGCUGCCGGACCUGCAGGGGCCCGUGGACCUGGAGGAGACGACGGCCCCAAAGGCAACCCCGGACCUGUUGGCUUCCCUGGAGACCCUGGUCCCCCUGGAGAGCCUGGAGUUGGUGGAUUGGAUGGCUUGGCUGGAGACAAGGGAGAUGACGGAGACGGUGGUCAGCCAGGUCCAUCUGGUCCUUCUGGAGAAGCUGGACCUCCAGGACCACCCGGCAAGAGGGGACCCAUUGGACCAGCCGGUACUGAGGGAAGACAAGGAGAGAAGGGUUCUAAGGGUGAGGCUGGAGCCGAGGGGCCUGAUGGUAAAACUGGACCUGUUGGACCCCAGGGGCCCUCUGGGAAGCCUGGGCCUGACGGCCUGCGUGGAAUCCCCGGCCCUGUCGGUGAACAAGGACUUCCAGGUGCUUCUGGAAUGGACGGACCUCCUGGACCGAUGGGUCCCCCUGGUCUCGCUGGCUUGAAAGGAACUCCAGGUGGUAAGGGAGAAAAGGGUCACCCCGGUCUGAUUGGUCUGAUUGGACCACCUGGUGUUGGAGAGAAGGGAGACAGAGGCCUGCCUGGACCCCAGGGAACUGGUGGAGGCAAGGGAGAUACUGGUGUUGGAGGUUCUGCUGGUCCUCUUGGUCCUCCUGGUCCUCCUGGAAUUCCUGGACCUGUAGGCUCUAAGGGGUCCAAGGGAUCAUCAGGUGGAUCUGGCCAGAAAGGAGACACUGGUGUGAUCGGACCACCUGGAGCUCCUGGUCCUCCUGGUGACAUCAUCCAGCCGCUGCCCAUCCAGCAGGCGAGCAGGAAGAACAGACGCCAGGCAGAGGACGACGGCGUGCAGGGUGACGAGGCGGGAGGCAUGGCGGACUACGGCAUGGAGGCCACAGCGGACAUGGAGGACGUGUUCGGGUCCCUGAAUAACUUGAAGCAGGACAUCGAGAGGAUGAAGUUCCCCAUGGGAACACAGGACAACCCUGCCAGGACCUGUAACGACCUGCACCUCAGCCAGCCUGACUUCCCUGACGGGCCCCAGUUGAACUAUGUGGACAUGGAGGAGAACACCAUCCAGACGGUCCAGAUGACCUUCCUGAAGCUGCUCAGCUCAACGGCCCGUCAGAUCACCUACAUCUGCCACCAGUCUGUAGCUGGUACGAUGCCCAAGGCAGACGGCUACGACAAGGCUCUACGCUUCCUGGGUUACAACGACGAGGAGAUGUCCUACGAUAACCCCUUCAUCAAGGCACUUUCAGAUGGAUGCUCACUGAAGUCGGGAUACUCCAAGACGGUGAUGGAGAUCAACACUCCUCGCAUCGACCAGGUGCCCAUCAUCGACGUCAUGUUCAAUGACUUUGGUGAACCCAGCCAGCGGUUCGGUUUCGAGGUGGGCCCUGUCUGCUUCAUGGGCUAGGACCUGACCACCACCCCCCCGACCCCGACCCCCCGACCAGCUGAAGGACAGGGUUAGAGGGUGUUCUGUUCCAUGCAUGCCUUGUACUGCCGACUGAAUACCUGACAUCAAUCACUCACCCUCCCUAUACUCCACUCGACCUGGCCUCAGGCUCUAAACCAAACCUGUGUUUUAUAUCCUUGAUAAGGUGAUCAGACCACCAGUUUCAGACCAGCAGCACGCUGCCCCCGCCCCCACUCGAGAACAGCGUGCCGCCCUCCUCUGCCCUGUCGUAGAAGCAUUGUCCCAGGGGAAUACUCCUCGCCCUUGUAGGGCCAAUCACAUAGUGACUUUACCUUGUAACAGGAGGGACAUGAGGAAUAAAGGACGUUUGAUGCCGUUGACGGACAGUGGUGCACUUUCAGCAAACAGAGGGAGGUUCCACUCACCCCAACGCCCCCCUUUCCCCUCCUCGUCUUUCCCACUUCUCGUCCCUUAUACCCCAUGACCUUAUCUAGAGAGACGUUCCACUCACCCCAACGCCCCCUUUCCUCUCCUCGUCUUUCCCACUUCUCGUCCCUUAUACCCCAUGACCUUAUCUAGAGAGACGUUCCACUCACCCCAACGCCCCCCUUUCCUCUCCUCGUCUUUCCCACUUCUCGUCCCUUAUACCCCAUGACCUUAUCUAGAGAGACGUUCCACUCACCCCAACGCCCCCCUUUCCUCUCCUCGUCUUUCCCACUUCUCGUCCCUUAUACCCCAUGACCUUAUCUAGAGAGACGUUCCACUCACCCCAACGCCCCCCUUUCCUCUCCUCGUCUUUCCCACUUCUCGUCCCUUAUACCCCAUGACCUUAUCUAGAGAGACGUUCCACUCACCCCAACGCCCCCCUUUCCUCUCCUCGUCUUUCCCACUUCUCGUCCCUUAUACCCCAUGGCCUUAUCUAGAGAGACGUUCCACUCACCCCAACGCCCCCCUUUCCUCUCCUCGUCUUUCCCACUUCUCGUCCCUUAUACCCCAUGACCUUAUCUAGAGAGACGUUCCACUCACCCCAACGCCCCCCUUUCCUCUCCUCGUCUUUCCCACUUCUCGUCCCUUAUACCCCAUGACCUUAUCUAGAGAGACGUUCCACUCACCCCAACGCCCCCCUUUCCUCUCCUCGUCUUUCCCACUUCUCGUCCCUUAUACCCCAUGACCUUAUCUAGAGAGACGUUCCACUCACCCCAACGCCCCCCUUUCCUCUCCUCGUCUUUCCCACUUCUCGUCCCUUAUACCCCAUGACCUUAUCUAGAGAGACGUUCCACUCACCCCAACGCCCCCCUUUCCUCUCCUCGUCUUUCCCACUUCUCGUCCCUUAUACCCCAUGACCUUAUCUAGAGAGACGUUCCACUCACCCCAACGCCCCCCUUUCCCCUCCUCGUCUUUCCCACUUCUCGUCCCUUAUACCCCAUGACCUUAUCUAGAGAGACUUUCCACUCACCCCAAUGCCCCCCUUUCCCUCCUCGUCUUUCCCACUUCUCGUCCCUUAUACCCCAUGACCUUAUCUAGAGAGACGUUCCACUCACCUGCCAAGCCCCCUUCCUCCCUCCUCCCCCAGCCCAGCCUCCCUGUCUGGUAGCUCCAGUCCCCUCCUCCCUUCCCCAGCCUCCCUGUCUGGUAGCUCCAGUCUCCUCAUCCCUACCCCAGCCCAGUCUCCCUGUCUGGUAGCUCCAGUCCCCUCGUCCCUCCCCCAGCCCAGUCUCCCUGUCUGGUAGCUCCAGUCUCCUCGUCCCUCCCCCAGCCCAGCCUCCCUGUCUGGUAGCUCCAGUCCCCUCGUCCCUCUUCCAGCCUCCCUGUCUGGUAGCUCCAGUCUCCUCGUCCCUCCCCCAGCCCAGCCUCCCUGUCUGGUAGCUCCAGUCUCCUCGUCCCUCCCCCAGCCUCCCUGUCUGGUAGCUCCAGUCUCCUCGUCCCUCCCCCAGCCUCCCUGUCU